AAUACAAACAUCCUUAUUGGUAUUUCAUUUUCGAUAUAUUUAAAGUUUUGAUUAUAUUAGCAAAGUUUGAUAGAUAAUCAUAUGCAUUGUGUUUUUUUUUCAGAUUUAAUUGGACAGGUUUUGGACUUGGGUGAUCUUGAUACAGUUCAUUGUACUGGAGGAAAAGAAAGGAAAAAGUUGGAGUUUACACUUAGAGACAUUAAAUGAGUGAAUUCAACACCACCUUUGGAUUUUGACCCGUUUUUAAGAUAUAUAAGCUCUAAUUAGUUGUCUUUUUUUUUGUUUGUAAAUAAAGUGAUCUAAGGUUGCCUUGCUGCCUUUGGGGAACAUAUGCUGAGAAUGUUUACAAUGCUUGCCAAGAAGCUGAAGAUGGGUUUAUUGUAUGCCUUCUAAGAUUCGCUAAGAUUGGUCAUUUUAGAGGUAUCAAUACUAUAAAAAUAAUGUCCUAUAAAUCAGAUUAUAUCCUAUAUUCACAUUUUUUUUUGUUUUGUGACAAAUAACAUUCAAAUUGUUCAACAAUGAUAGGAGAAGUCCAAAUCUCAAAUGCUUAUGAUUCAAGUAAAAUCUUCAUCAAUCCAGACAUACAGGAAGCACAAGCAUUUAGAAAAAUGUGAUUUGUCAUUCCUGAUCUAUAUUUUUCUAAUAUAUUUAUUGAAAACGUAAUGUAUAUUACUUACAAAUACGAUUUUUUUCAGUGAUUCUGGUGACAGUCUAGCCAUCACCAUAUCCGAUUCAGGCGAUAACAAAUUGGAUAAAAAAUUGGUCAGCCACAAGUGGAUGCAAUGCCAGGAGAAAAAUCUUGCAGAGUUGGUUGAAUCUACUGAGGUAAUAUUAUAUAUAAUAUUAUAUAUUUGGUAUUAAGAAUUAGUAAUCUGAUGCCUAAUUUUGAAUUUUCGUGAAGGUUGAACCAUGCAGAGUUAUUGCAACUAUAUGUGACAUUGAUACCGAUUGGGGUUGGUAUUUGUUUGGUUGCUUCGAUUGCAACAAGAAGGUUUUUCAAGAGUCAAAAACUGUCAAGAGAGUGAACGGUAAAGAUGUACUGAAAUAUGUGUGGUGGUGUGAGACAUGCCAAAAAUUGGUGUAUUCUGUAAAACCACAGUGAGUUCAGAAAAUAAUUUAAUAUUUAUCACUCUUGCUGUUUUUUUAACCAUAUUGAAUGCUGAGAUUUUGAUUUUGAUUUUGGCUUUACAGAUUUAAAAUUCAUUUGAUGGUUAAAGAUGACACUGGUGAAUCAUCUUUUAUGUUGUUGGAUUCGAUUGCUAAAGUGAUUGUUCCUCAAUCUGCUGAAUACCUACUUAAUGGUUCAUUAGAUGAAGUAAGCCAAUUUCUUUAUUAUAUUGACAAUCGGCAUGUUAAAGAUGACAUUUCUUUGUAAAAUAUUACUAAGUUAAAUUUCGGUUCAUACAGCUAGAAGAAGAUGCUGAUUUUCCUGAUGCAAUUACAACUUUGAUUGGUCAAACAUUUACAUUUGGAGUUUACGUUGAAAAGGACAAUUCAUCUGCUGAAGGGGUAUGCUACAAAGUUGGUAAGGUUUGGAAAGAUCUAAAGUUACUAAAGAUUGGUGACAACUCAGAAUCUGGUUCUGCUCCUUCUAGCAGUUUUGUAUCUGAGGUCAGACAUGUUUAUGACCCUAUGUUCUUUGACUAUUUGGUUGAACAUGUUAUACUUAUAUCACUAUAAUGAUUUUGACAUGUAGGCACCGCUUUUGCUACAAGACAAUGAACCUAAUGAAGCUGCAUCUACUCCUUCCAAACGCAAGAAUGAAGAAAACAAAGACACGCCUGAUAAGACAUCUACUUCGAAAAAGCUAUGCACUAAAGUGAUUAAGAAGGAGAAGAAGUGAUGGAGCAAAAGAAGAUGGCUUUGUUGUUUAAGUUUCAGCAUAUGUUCUUAGAAUAAAAUAAAAAGUGUUGUUUUCUGGUUUUCCAUUUUAUUUUUGUUCCAUUUUGGAUUUAAAAUAAUAAGAGCUUUUCAUUCAUGAAGUACAAUUUUCAAAAAAAUAAAAAAACGAUGAGGCAAUAACGUGAUUGAAACCAUAAGAUUGUCUACAAUGUUAUGGUUUAAAAAAAAAACAAAGUGAUUAUUAUUAAAAUAUUUUAGGAAGGUGUGUUACCUGUCAUUAAAAAUCGUGUUUGAUAUAUAGAACUGUUUUAAUAAAAUUGACAAAUAUGUUAUUUACGAUUCAGUUUUCCUUAAAAAGUGGGGUUUAUUUAUUUUCUAAACAUUUUAAGUUUUUAUCUAACCUACAUUAACCUUAUUUUCUAUCAACCUCUUUUUUCUUCAAACAUUUUGUUCCAAUGGAGGACGACAUCAACAAUACGAAUGGGAGAAUUCCUAAACCAAAAUCAUCACAAAAUUUUUUGAGAAGUAGCGUUUCCCCACAGAGUUCAGAAAAUAACUUUACUCCUCAACAAACUGAUAAAAGAUCUGGAGUAUUGCCUUUGAAAAGGGUUUUCUGCAGGGUGUUGAGUGAUGUUACAAAUACCAAUCGCGAUACACCAAGUGAACCGCAAUCUGGUGUUUUUAACCAUACUCAAUCUGUUCACACACAAACAGAAUCAUCGAGAGGCAAGGAUUUUAGAAUAUAUACCCAUUACUUAGUUCUUAAUAGUCUUUGAAGUUGGUAUAAUGUUGUAUACUCGUGAUUUUGUCUUUUGUAUCAGUUAAUCUGAGUAACAGGACAAGGCCAUCUACUUCACAAAGACUAGAAAAUGUAAACACAUCAGGUAAGAUCACCAAACACAAGACCACUGAACAACACAACUUUAGAUAUGUCAUCUACCGUUUUUUUUCCUAGGUUUAACUUGGCAAGCCUAUGAAGGUCGUAGCUCUAUAAAUGACUCAAACACUUCAAGCAAAAGAAGGUGUUUUGAUAUUUGUCCAACAAAUCUAUUGAAAGAAUUCUCAAAGACGAAUUCUACUCAGAAACAUAUUGCAACGAGAUCAUGCCGAAAAGGACAACAAGUUUCUAUAGAUGAAACCAGCAUAGUGAACAAUUCAGACUAUCUGAGUCCAUUCGAAGGUAUUAAUCUAUAUUACAAUGAAAGUGAGUUAUAUUGGAAGUCAGCAGUACUAAUACUUUGAUAAUAAAUGUUUAGAUCAAGGUUUCCAGAUUUAUGAUAUCAGUUCUGAAGAGGAAGAAACAAAUUAUGAAGAUCAUUCUGAUCCGGAGACAACAGCCCAGCCCCAAGAAGAUAUAAGUGUCCAGACAGUGCAAGAUGAUCAGAGAGCUCAGGUUUUGAAAAUGGCAACUAUGUUUCAAAAUAUCUUCCAAGAUAAGCCUCUGAAGAAGGGAUGGACGAAUAUCAAACGCCAGGGUAAUACUGUCGUAUAAAACAUUUUGACUAUAACAUGUUUUGUGCUUUCGUUUUUUGUGAAUCACUGACCAGUGUUUCUAUACUUAAUAGGGAGAAAGCCAAGAGUUAAAGAAGAAUCAUCAUCGAAAAAGACAGGUUAUAUACAUGUUAUUUUCCUACGUAGCUACAGAUUAAAUUUUGGAAAAUCAAUUUUGAAUGUUAUCGUGAUGUCUUCCUUAUUAAAAUCGCAGAAUACGUUGAUGAAGGUGAUCCAACUUUUAAAUGUGAACACUGUGGCGCAAUAAUGUGGUAUGGAGAACGCAUUGAGAAAAAAAAGCAGAACAAAAAACCUAAGUUCGCUUUAUGUUGUGGCCAAGGUCAGGUUCAGUUGCCAUUAUUGAAGCAGUCACCAGAGAUUCUUAAGAAAUUGCAUACAGAUAACGAUGAGAUCAGCAAAUACUAUAGGGAAAAUAUCAGGCAAAUCAAUAUGGUUUUCUCUUUUACUUCUCUUGGUGGUAAAAUUGAUAGAUCAGCACCACAAGGAUCUGGACCAAAAAUGGUUGUUCUUCAAGGAGAGAAUUACCAUUUAAUGGGUAGUUUAAAACCACCACCUGGAGAAGAUCCUAAGUUUGGCCAGCUCUAUAUUGUUGACACUGAUAACGAAAUACAGAAUAGAUCAUCGAUUAUCGGGAAAUAUAAAACAAAGCAAGAGAAGGCUAAAAAGGAGAGAUUGAGGAAACAAGUUAUUGAACGACUUGUGAAGAUGCUUGACGAAGUGAAUCCAUAUGUUCAUCAGUUUAGGACAGCCAGGGAAAGGUUUAACACUUGUCCAGAGGAGACAUUGCAUAUGAGGAUUGUAAGUAGUCGAGAAAAAGACGGAAGGACAUAUGAUACUCCUACUGCGUCCGAGGUUGCUGCAUUGAUUCCAGGAGAUUUCAAUUUGGACAUGGAUAAAAGAGAUAUUGUUUUAGAAGAGAAGCAAACAGGAUUUCUUAAAAGAAUCAGCGAAAUACAUCCAUCUUAUCUGGCACUUCAAUAUCCUCUCAUUUUUACUUACGGAGAAGAUGGAUUUAGACUUGGUAUUAAAAAAAGAACAACUGAUGCUACAGCCCAGCAUAAGAGACAGACUAUCAGUAUGAGACAAUGGUAUGCAUUUCGGCUUCAUGAAAGGGAGAACGAGUGUCAUACUCUUUUACAUUCUAAGAGGUUGUUUCAGCAAUUUUUGGUGGAUGGCUACACUACGAUAGAGUCUAACAGGCUGCGUUAUCUGCGAUUGAAUCAGAAGUGUUUAAGAUCAGAUAGCUUUGACUCUAUACAACAAGCUGAGAAUGAGGGGAAAAUUGAUAUGCACGAUCAGGGAAGUCGAUAUCUAUUGCCAGCCUCAUUUACUGGAGGACCAAGAUACAUGAAAAAUAUGUAUUUGGAUGCCAUGGCGGUUUGCAAACAUUUUGGGUUUCCUGAUCUGUUUAUAACCUUUACUUGCAAUCCAAAAUGGGCAGAAAUAAUCAGGUAUUUGGAGCCUCGCAAACUCACUGCAGACGACAGACCUGAGAUUAUCUGCAGAUUGUUCAAGUGUAAACUUGAUUCCCUGAUGAUGGAUUUAACAGAUAAGCAGCUAUUGGGAAAGACUGUGGCAUCCAUGUAUACUAUUGAAUUUCAAAAGCGGGGUCUUCCUCAUGCUCACAUUCUGCUAUUUAUGGCUCCUGGGUCAAAAUUUUCGACUACUGCAGACAUUGAUAGGAUCAUUUCGGCUGAAAUUCCAGAUAAAGAGAAAGACCCGGAGCUUUACGAAGUUGUGAAAGAUAUGAUGAUUCAUGGUCCUUGUGGAGCUGUUAACAUGAAGUCCCCUUGCAUGGAGAAUGGAAAAUGCUCUAAGCUAUAUCCUAAAACUCACGUUGAGAAGACUACUGUCAACAAAGAAGGAUUUCCUAUCUACAGAAGAAGAGAACAGCCUGAUCGCUUCAUUGAGAAACAUGGCUUCAAAUGUGACAACAGAUAUGUCAUUCCUUAUAACAGAGAUCUGUCGCUUCGUUAUCGAGCUCACAUCAAUGUCGAAUGGUGUAAUCAGACUGGUUCAAUCAAAUACUUAUUUAAGUAUAUUAAUAAAGGACAAGAUCGUUGUACUGUAGUCGUGGAAAAUCCUUCAACUGCGACUAGCGGUACUGAUGGAGCAGUAACAGAAGAGAAAAAAAAUGAAAUUAAGGAUUUCUUCAACUGCAGAUAUGUAUCUGCUUCGGAAGGUGCAUGGAGAACAUUUAAGUUUAAUAUACACCAUCGAUCCAUGCCAGUUGAGAGGAUACAAUUUCAUUUACCGGGAAAGCAGAUUGUCAUUUUCAAAGAUGAUGACACCUAUGAUGAAGUUACCAGUCGCGUGCUUAUCGAGAAUACAAUGUUCAUGGGAUGGUUUGAACUAAACAAAAUCAGUGAGGUUGCAAGGAAGAUGACUCUAGCUGAAAUUCCAACAAAGUUUAUUUGGAAUAAAAAACAGCGGAAGUUUACUGAUAGAAAGAGAGGAUACAGUAUUGGCAGAAUCAACUACGCACCACGGAAAAUAGAACAGGCCUACUACCUUAGAGUCUUGCUGAACAUUGUAAGGGGUCCUACAUCUUUUGAGGAAAUCAAAACAUUUAACAAUGUUCAGUAUCCAGAUUACAAAGAGACGUGCUUUGCUCGGGGUUUGUUGGAAGAUGAUCAAGAAUAUAUUGACGAUAUUGUGAGGACAAGUUUUACAGGUUCAGCAUCAUAUAUGCGCCAGUGUUUUGUGAUCAUGCUCAUGUCAAAUAGUCUAUCGAAGCCAGAAGUUGUUUGGGAAAACACUUGGGAAUUUCUAUCUGAUGACAUUUUGUAUCGUCGUAGGAAGCUAUUAAACAGACCAGAUCUAUGUUUGACUGACGAGGAGAUAAAACAGCUUACUCUUCACGAGAUUGAGAAGAUUUUGAAGAGGAAUGGUACUUCUCUGGAAGCCUGGGAGAAAAUGCCAAAGCCAAUAUCUGAUCUAACUCAUAAGGAGAAUGUCUUGAUUAUGGAUGAGCUUGCUUAUGACAGAGAGCAGUUAAAAGCUGAUCAUGAUCAGAACUUUGUUAAAAUGACAGACGAACAAAGAAAGAUUUAUGAUGAGGUUCUUAGUGCUGUCAUAGAGAAGAAAGGAGGCGUUUUUUUUGUGUAUGGCUUUGGUGGAACUGGAAAAACUUUCUUGUGGAGAUUGUUGUCUGCUGCUAUUAGAUACAGAGGAGAAAUUUGUUUGAAUGUUGCAUCAAGUGGGAUAGCUUCACUACUUCUACCAGGAGGAAGGACAGCACAUUCUAGAUUUGGAAUACCAAUCAACCCAGAUGAUUUUUCAACUUGCACACUAAUUAAAGGAUCUGAUCAAGCAAAUUUGAUUAAAGAAUCUUCUUUGAUCAUCUGGGACGAGGCACCAAUGAUGAGCAAGCAUUGUUUCGAAUCAUUGGAUAGAAGCUUGACUGACAUUAUUGGGAACAAGGACAAUUUACCUUUUGCUGGAAAAGUAGUUGUCCUAGGAGGGGAUUUUAGACAAGUGUUGCCUGUCAUUCAUGGAGCAGGAAGAGCUGAAAUUGUUUUGGCUUCUUUAAAUUCCUCUUAUCUUUGGAAGCAUGUAAAAGUGUUGAGGCUAACAAAGAACAUGAGGCUAAUGUCCAACAAUUUGUCUCCUGAAGAAGCAAAAGAUUUACAUGAGUUUUCUCAGUGGAUAUUAGAUGUUGGAGAUGGAAACAUUGGGCAAGGUAACGAUGGAGAGGCUUUAAUCGAUAUUCCAGAGGAGUUUCUUAUUCUUGAUGCAAAUGAUCCAAUUGAGUCUAUAAGCAAAGCUGUUUAUGGGGAUUCAAUAUCUUUGCAGCAGAAUAAAGAGCCUAAGUUUUUUCAAGAAAGAGCUAUACUUUGUCCUACUAAUGAAGAUGUAGACAAGAUUAAUCAGCACAUGUUGGAUAGCCUUGAUGGUGAGGAAAGAAUCUACUCAAGUUCUGAUUCGAUUGAUGCUUCUGAUAAAUUUGGGAAAAGUGACCAAGCUCUCACUCCAGAUUUUUUAAACACCAUCAAAGUAUCAGGUUUGCCAAAUCACAGUCUUCGUUUGAAAAUCGGUUGUCCUAUAAUGUUGCUAAGAAACAUAGAUCCUACUGGCGGAUUAAUGAAUGGGACUCGACUUCAGAUUACAGAGAUGUAUGAUUUUGUGAUUAAGGCGAAAGUGAUUACAGGAGAUAAGGUUGGGCGAAUUGUUCUUAUUCCUAGGCUUGCUAUUACCCCUACUGACAAAAAGUUGCCUUUCAAGAUGAAAAGGAGGCAACUACCUAUUGCUGUGGCUUUUGCCAUUACAAUUAAUAAGAGUCAGGGGCAAUCACUAUCAGAAGUUGGCAUUUAUCUACCAAGGCCUGUGUUUUCUCAUGGUCAAUUGUACGUGGCUAUCUCAAGAGUGACAUCUAAGAAGGGGCUAAAGAUUUUGAUUGUGGACGAUGAGGGAAAGCCUCAGAAACAAACAAUGAACGUUGUUUUCAAAGAGAUUUUCCAGAAUCUCUGAUUUUAUCUUUACUUUGUUGUUUUCUUUUGUUGAACUAUCUAUUUGGGUUGCAUACAGUAUUUAAUUUUGGAAAACAAUAUUUAUAAUGCUUUGCAAGUUUUAUUAUUUUCAAUAAAAGCAUUCAUUCAUUUCAAGAAAUCAAGCAAGCUCCGGUUUGAUACCUAACUACCGAUAAAAUUCCAUUCCUAUUGUUCAAUACUAUCAAGUAAUUAG